GUUUCUUCCUCUCAUCCUCAGUCUACAGGAGUUGAGUGGACUCUGCAUUUUUUUUUUGCAUAUUACAGAUCAUAAACUGCUCUCUGUGGGUGUGUGUGGGAUGUCGUGUCAGGGCUGAAGCCCCUCCCUCUCCCAUGAGCCCGUGUGCCCGCGCACACACCUGGCGCCUCCACGCACACACCCGGCGCCCACGCACGCACAGCCGGCACUGACGCCGAGAACCGGACCCCCCCGAGGAGCCCAGCGGAGCCAAGCGGAGCGGAGUCUAGCCCAGUUGGAGCCCGAGGAUGUCAACGGAGACGGAGCUACAGCCAGCGGUCAGGCCCAGCAGCGUCAGACGGGACUCCAAGAGGAAAGGGCAGGAUCGCAGCGAGGCGACUCUCAUCAGGCGUUUUAAAGGCGAUGGCGUCCGCUACAAGGCCAAGCUCAUCGGCCUGGACGAGGUCACCGCCGCCCGGGGAGACAAACUCUGCCAGGACUCGAUGAUGAAGCUCAAGGGUUUCGCUGCAGCAGCGCGGUCUAAAGGAGAUCACAAGCAGAAGGUGUUUCUGACCGUUUCCUUUGGAGGCAUCAAGAUCUUUGAUGAGAAGUCAGGGGUCCUCCAACACCAGCAUGCGGUCCACGAGAUCUCCUACAUCGCCAAGGACAUCACGGACCACCGGGCCUUCGGCUACGUCUGCGGGAAGGAAGGGAACCACCGCUUCGUGGCAAUCAAGACGGCGCAGUCGGCCGAGCCUGUGAUCCUGGACCUGCGGGACUUGUUCCAGCUCAUCUAUGAGAUAAAGCAGAGAGAGGAGAUGGAGAAGAAGGCCCAGAAGGACAAGCAGUGUGAGCAGGCGGUCUACCAGAACGGACAUCAAAACACCCCCCAUCCCCACCAUCAUCCUCAUCAUCCUCAUGAUCAUGAUCAGCCCCUCCAGCGAGAGCAGCAGCAGCCGGCAUUGGCAGAUCUGAUAGACUUAGACCUGGACAUGGUGACUCAGAAUAUCAACCAGUUAGAGAUUUUUGGAGACAUGUCCACACCUCCUGACAUCACCUCUCCAUCGACCCCCGCCUCUCCAGCCAACACCCUCGACCCCUCGCUGGGCCUGCAGCCUCCCACGGAACUGUUUGCUCCCUUCAAUCCUGCGUCUGUGCCCUCAGGUUAUGUGACGAUGGGAGCCGUCCCCCCCGGCCACUGGUCCCAGCAGGCCUUCGCCGCCCAGACGCCGCUGGCCUUCGGGGUCCAGUCUCCUCUGGGCCCGGUGGCCCAGGUGCUGCCGGGCGGCCAGCCUCUCAUCUGGGGCCAGGCCAACAUCUUCCCCGCCACGCAGCAGCAGUGGGCAGCCAUGGCGGCCGGAGCUUCCCCAACAGCCUACCUCCCCGCCCAACCCGUGGGCAUGCCCGCCGCCAUGUUCCAGACCCUCGCCACCGUCACGACGGUGACUCCGGCCGGCGAGAGCCAUUCGGGCGCCGGAGCCGGAGCCGGUGCAUCGGCGUCGUCGAGUCCGCAGCACGGGGAGAGGGCGAGGAAGAUUGGGAAGGAGAUGUUCAAGGAUUUCCAGCUGGCGAAGCCUCCAGCCAUGCCGGCGAAGAAGGGUGAGCAGCCCGGUUUAUCGGGAACCUCGGAGGCGUUCAGCAGUUACUUCAGCCGCGUGGGCACGGCCCAGGACACGGACGACUGCGACGACUUCGACAUCUCCCAGAUGAACCUCACGCCGGUCACCUCCACGACGCCGUCCACCAACUCACCUCCCACCCCGGCUCCCAGGAAGAGCUCCCCCUCCAAGUCCUCAGCCUCCCACGUCAGUGACCCCCCCACCGACGCCACAGACCCGCCCACAGACGACUCGUUCGGGGAGGCGGAGGGCAGCCCGAGUCGCAGUGGAGAGGAGGACGCUAAGAGGAAGGACCCUCUCUACGCCCAGAUCAACAAAGGGAAGAAAUAAAGAGACACACAGGAAGACCAGACCAGACCAGACCAGCACCGAGAGACCAGGAGGAGAACCCUCAUCUAUGUGUGUGUGUGUGUGUGUGUGUGUGUGUGUGUGUGUGUGUGUGUGUCACAUCUCCCUGCCUGGCCAAACCCUUCUUCUUCUCCUCUGCCGGCUAACAACCUCCCAGGAGGAGCCUUCUCCUCCUCCUCCUCCUCCUCCUCCUCCUCCUCCUGAGAGGAGAGAGUCCAUUCUCUCCAGGCAGGAGGGAUAUCAAUCACCUGAGACGGAUCCAGUUCUCCCUCCACGGCGCUGUCUCCUUCCUCCUCCUCCU